UUCAACCUUACACUCCUAAACGCACCCACUCUGGCAUCACUCUCAGCCCACCACACAGACCCCCAAGCAUUAGCACAACAACUUAGCAACCACCUCACAGCAACCAACCCACCACCACAACAAGCAUGACACGCGAUAACCACGGUAGAAUCUUCCCGACACCACUACACCACCACACCACACCAUUACCCUCCUAUUCCAGCACCGGAGAUUGUACAGCGCUCCACUUUCCCUCCGCCAGCAGCACGCCAGCCGGGCAGCUCAAGCCACGUCCGGAAGGGAAGGGGCGGGCUGGUAGCGGAACAGGACGGGCAGUGCUGGGCGAGAACCGGGUGUGAGAGGCUGUGAUUGCUGUGCGUCGGGUUACCUUUCUGCCCAUCUGCCUGUGAGGAUCUGCAUUGCUGUGGGUGAAGCUGUGAGGGUAUAAACAUUCAAAUCUGACAACUUUACCCUAUCAAGCGAGAAGAAAUAAAAAGGAAAAAUACAUAAUUUAUACAAGUAAAAGGGAUAAGAGGAUACAGAAACACGAGAAGUACUAUUCAAGAAGUCACAAGACACCCGCCCGUUCUUGUCAAUCCGCCGGCAAUCCAGUAAACGUCAACAAAUCAUCAUGACUGAGCAAGUAGCUGACAUCGCCUUGAUCGGCCUGGCGGUGAUGGGGCAGAACCUCAUCCUGAACAUGGACGAUCAUGGGUGGGUGGUGUGUGCCUUCAAUCGCACCACGGAGAAGGUGGACAGUUUCCUGGCCAAGGAGGCGAAGGGAACAAAGGUGGUGGGCGCUCACUCCCUUCCCGAGAUGGUGGCCAAACUGAAGAAACCGAGGCGUGUUAUGCUGCUGGUGAAGGCUGGUGCUGCUGUGGACAGUUUCAUUGAGAAGCUGAUCCCUCUGCUGGAGAAAGGGGACAUUAUUAUUGAUGGCGGAAACUCUGAGUACCAGGACACCCAGAGAAGAUGUCACCAGUUGGCAGAGCGAGGCCUGCUGUACGUUGGGUCUGGGGUGUCUGGUGGGGAAGAGGGGGCUCGCUAUGGUCCCUCACUCAUGCCCGGAGGUCACAAAGAGGCCUGGCCACACAUUCAGCCCAUCUUCCAGAGCAUCUGUGCCAAGGCGGGGGACGAGCCUUGCUGUGACUGGGUGGGCGAGGACGGUGCCGGCCACUAUGUUAAAAUGGUGCACAAUGGCAUAGAGUACGGUGACAUGCAGCUCAUCUGUGAAGCCUAUCACCUCAUGAAGGAUGCCCUGGGGAUGAGCUGUGAUGAGAUGAGUGAGGUGUUUGCUGAGUGGAACAAGGGUGAGCUGGACUCCUUCCUCAUUGAGAUCACCGCCAACAUCCUGGCAUUCAAGGACACAGAUGACGAGGCGCUAGUGGAGAAGAUAAGGGACGCAGCGGGACAGAAGGGAACUGGGAAGUGGACUGCUAUCUCUGGUCUUGACUUUGGCACACCGACAACCCUCAUUGCCGAGUCUGUGUUUGCCCGGUGCCUCUCUGCCCUCAAGGAUGAGCGAGUGAGGGCGAGUGAUGUACUGAAAGGCCCCUCCAAGUCUACCUAUUCAGGAGACAAGGAGGAAUUUGUGGAGUACAUCAGGAAGGCCCUGUAUGCCAGCAAGAUUGUGUCCUACGCUCAGGGCUUCAUGCUCCUGAGGGAGGCGGCAGCUAAGUUUGGAUGGAACCUCAACUAUGGAGGAAUUGCCCUCAUGUGGCGUGGUGGCUGCAUCAUCCGCAGUGUGUUCCUGGGCAAGAUCAAGGACGCCUUUGACACCAACCCCCACCUCACCAACCUGCUCCUUGAUGACUUCUUCCGUGAUGCGGUGGGGCGCUGCCAGGACGGCUGGAGGGCAGUGGUGGCUCAGAGUGCCCUCCUUGGCAUUCCAUCCCCAGCAUUCAACUCGGCGCUGGCAUUCUACGAUGGUUACCGCUCUGCUGUGCUGCCUGCUAACUUGAUUCAGGCCCAGAGAGAUUACUUCGGGGCUCACACCUAUGAACUGGCUGCUUCCCCUGGCAAGUUCCACCACACUAACUGGACCGGCACAGGAGGGGAUGUGUCCGCCACCACCUACGAUGCCUAGAGGAGCAGCUGGGCAAUCUUUCAAUAGCCUCUCCCUUUUUUUGCUCUCUCUCUCUCUCUCUCUCUCUCUCUCUCUCUCUCUCUCUCUCUCUCUCUCUCUCUCUCUCUCUCUCUCUCUCUCUCUCUCUCUCUCUCUCUCUCUCUCUCUCUCUCUCUCUCUCUCUCUCUCUCUCUCUCUCUCUCUCUCUCUCUCUCUCUCUCUCUCUCUCUCUCUCUCUCUCUCUCUCUCUCUCUCUCUCUCUCUCUCUCUCUCUCUCUCUCUCUCUCUCUCUCUCUACCAUAACACUUAUCACACCUGCAACAUCUACACCCCCCUCAGCACUCCAACACAUGUGAGACUAAGCAAGACUGUGUUCCAUUAAGAAAAAAUCAAUAAUUAACGCUGAUUAAACUAGGUCCACUUUCAUCCUAUUUUGACAACUGUUUAGAUUUUGCCUUAGUGUGGCCUUAUACUAAUCCAGCAACAUACAUUUCUAGAGCUGGUGUUACUACAAAGUUCUCUGGAUUCAAACUUCACCCAUGCUCUUAAAAUUCUCUCACAAACAACUAUCAGUACCACUAUGCAAGCACUUGGAUAACAUAAAGUCAGCCUCAUGGAGCUUCUGUUACCCCGAGGUGGCAAACAGACUCUCCACAACAGUAAGGUGCUGGCCAGACCCUCACUCUGGUAACACUGCCCCAUAGUGCCUCAAGUGGGGACUGGCAAGGUGCAAGUUAAGCCUUCCCCCAAAGACUUCUGUUUCCUUGAAUUGAACCUUACAUACCCCUUGCCCUCUUUACAUAACAAAGUGCUAGGGGAGGAACUGUAGGUAGUAUGAAUCCCAGUAGGUGUUUGAAAAAGAAAUAUUGAGGGUGUUAUGUGUUAAGGUGGUAAAGGAAAUGAUCUGGUGUGUGUGUUGUGUUAGCAUCGGGGGUACUGUUGUAAAUAACACCUGUUGUAUUCUAGACUACCACUGGAAAUAUGAUAUUAGUGACAAUAGGGACCUCCAGUAACACACACACACACACACACACACACACACACACACACACACACACACACACACACACACACACACACACACACACACACACACACACACACACACACACACACAAAGAGAAGACCAAAA